AUGCUUGGAGCCUUUGAAUAAACGAGCGGUGUUUUCAAAAUGGCGGACAACUUUUGAUAAACAGAAACUUGUCGCAUUUUAUACUUCUUUAAUCCAAGAUGCACUCCGAAGCUAUGCUCAAAUUAUUCAAGAAAUUUAAAAAGGAAGAUCUUAUUGAUGCAUUGAAGUGCAGGGGAAUCCUGGAUGCGAGGUUCAAUGACGCUAAAAAAGGGAGCAAACUUUCGGUUGCUCGAAAACUAAUGAAAGCUUGUAAUGGAAAGUUGACGCCUCACAAUCUUGCUUUGCUGGAUAUGACUUAUCUCCAAAAGAAUUCUAGUACCAAAUCAUGGGAUGUCCUCCGUCUUACAGGAUAUGACGUGGCUAAUUGUAAAGAAUCAGCUGAUCCCUCUGUCUUUGAACACAAACUGAAAACACAGCUUGGCCUCUUCUUUAACAUGAGCUUGUGUGUUGAGCUGUGGAAGGGUGCUGUUUGGGUCCGUCUAGCCAUUCAUGACAAGAAGAAACCUUUGAGUCCUGAGUCUUCCACAAGCGUAGUGUACAUGGUUCACUUUCCUCACUCACCAUACAUCAUCACCACCAACAUAAGGGCAGGCCAUAAAGCAUUUCUCUUCCAGGGACUGGCUAAUGCACUAAGAGGUGAGACUAUCCAGAGAGUCGGCUUGAGUGGUAAGGAUAUCUGGUCCUUAUCCGAUAUGGUACUCUACCAGAGAAGCCAGGGCUCAUUCAGCCAAUACAGACUCAACAGAGUAGAUGUCAAUCCUUUGGUCACAUGCAGAAAGAGAAAACAAACCAAAGUUAAGGAUACCUCAGACCCUGAGAUCUGCAGUGAAAAUCAAGCUGAAGAUGUCAAACGAAAAAGACAGAUUGACGUAGCAUUUGGAAGUAAUGCUCAACCAGCUUUGCAGAAAGUUGAAUUCAAGAUGCUCACAAGAUUCCGGGGUACUCAGUAUGUGGCCUUUCAUAAGAAGCCAUUCAGAUGCUCCGUCAAGUUUGAAGGACCAAGUGUCAUUGAUGGCAUCAAAUCUCUGACGGCUGCAGGUGUAACAUCAGUGCCACUUCCAUCAUACCUAUCAAACCUGCACUCAUUAUCUCAAAACCACUUCCUUCUCAAGGACAGGAAGGGGUCACAACACAAAGAGGUCUUAGAUCUUUAGACCUCCCUGCCCGAGUAAGUAAGUAUUAGGCGCAUAUAUUGCUUGACGUGUCCCGGCUGGAAACAGUGCAACAACAUACAGGAAAGAGUCACAGCACAAAAAUGCCUUUAACCUUUAGUGGAAAUUAAAUUAAUACAUAGAUAACAUUUUUAACUGUUUAAAAAUGUAUACUCUCUACAUUCCAUGACAAAAGCACAGUACUAUCACUCAUUUUUUAUUCCAAACCAAAAUCUUUUCUGAAUCUAUUUUUACAGCAUUUGUAAAUCUUAAUAAAUUUUAGUUCAAUAUUUAGUUUGAUAUUGUACUUUGCAGUAGAACAUUUAAGUGUUGAUAUUAAGAUAUAAAUUACAUAUUUUGUUUGAAAAGUAGAAAAAGAAAUUCCCUGAAUAUUAACCUACAUACUGGUAAAAAUUCUAAGAUGCAUUUUAUGCAAAAAGAGGACCUGCAUUAAAAAGGAUCCAGAUGUCCCCCCUUGUUUCACAUUUAAACCAAAAUAGGGGCCUUGUGCUUAGAGAUCAUGUGGCAAAUUCAAGCCAAAAUAAACAUAGAAAUGAAUACCUCCAUGACACCAGAGAACAAACAAAAAAUUAUUUUUUUUAAUGAAUAUAAGCCUUUUCCUACAGUAACUUUCUGACUUUAUUUGUAAGCACUAAAUGAGUUGCUGUUAAGUUUAUAAGUACUAGUAACAAGUUUUUGUUGCUGUUAUGUCAGGGUGGGUCCGUGCAUGUUUCACGAGUUUCAAAAAUUGGAAACCAUGUUUCACAAUAAACAGACGACAAGAAUCAA